AUGGAGGGCUUUGACACUAUGUCUAUGCCCUAUUUGGCCAGCCCGCUUUCCUUGAGCAAUCUCCAGGGGUCCGACUACCUCCAUUCUAUGCCUGGUAUGGACAUGCAUGACCAGCGAUCAACUUUCGAGUCGGAGCCCUUCAUUAGCGGCGACGACAUUACCUUUACUCAACAUGGUGUACCCCCCACAAGCUUGAAACGCUUUCCGUCAGACUACCAGGACCCCUUCACAGAUAUAGUGCCAACCUUUGACCCUGCUCCUCCAGAGCAACCUCCAGACUCUUCAAUCGACCACAACAACAAGCUCUUAAGCUUUUCACUUCCGGCCUACAGUUUUACAUUGCUUGACUACUCACUGCGGCGCACCUCGGUUUCUCUUGCAGCCCAACUGCAUGGCAUGUUCUUCCUCGCCGAGUCGCCCUGGACUACCUCGCCCACAGAGAAUGCUUUACCCCAGCAAGGCGCGGAGCUGACCUGCUAUCGGCGAAAUCUCUUUCAAAUCACCGGCUCGGUGACCCUGCCACGAAGCUUGAGAUAUAUUAUGACGGAGCAAGGCGACCGAAUACCUAUCCUUGCCCAAGAAUUGACUGUUUCAGCUACCGAGUCGGUCGAAGGUAACUCGGUCAAGAUUAUCUCGGUACCUUGGAAGACACCAGCCGCAAAUCAGAAUCAAUCAACAGAUGAGAGCAGCGUCACAGCAAAUGGCAUGAGUGCCAACCCAAGCACCGCUAAUCCCAAAGUCGAAAAAGAGCCGCCACCGAUCCCGUUGGACAUUAUGGCUGGUCAGGAUCUUGAUACCGACUAUGCGACUUUUCCGAUUGCAUGGAAGCGACUACAAUUUCGCGUCGCGACUGCCAAUAAUGGUCGAAGAAAAGAGCUCCAACAACACUUUGUCGUUCGAUUGAAAGUCAUUGCUACCUUGUCUACUGGAGCCAGAAUUCCCAUUUGCGAAGUACAGUCAGGUCCUGUCAUUGUUCGGGGUCGUAGCCCACGCAAUUUCCAAUCCCGCAAGGACUUGCCUCUGAGCGGCAGCGCUGCUGCUUCACGAAAGAAUAACCAAUCCACUGCGGUGAACCGAACACCGACCAGUGAAUCUGUCCCGUCUUCUAACCUAACACCGGCUAAAGCCAAGGCGACGGUGAAAAGUAGCUCACCUGAGACCGCAGUCUCUCAAGGCAGUAUAGCUCCUCCUCCUCCACCGGCUACCGCCGACUGGACACAGAUCUCGCCUGCCGUGGGGGGAACAACAGCUUCCGCACCAUUGCCUCAUUCGUCUGUAUAUGCUCAAUCGAGCCCAGAUUUCCCGCGACCUACGGAUACACAGCGGCUUCACAAUAGCAUUCCGGCUCCCAUCAACUUGUCCCUUUUCGACGAGGACGAGAGCGGAGAAAGCGUCAACAUUCAUGAUUCAGCCAGAGCAGCUGCAUCGUACAGCAAUGACGUAUCGCAUAGGGAUUCCAAUAUAGACGUCACUGCACCCCCAGCAAAAAUGCGGAAACUCUCCCAUGGCCCGCCCCAAGCGCCAUCUCGAUCUGCCUCUUCGUCGCUGCCCCUACUGGGUAGUACGAACAUGCAGCAAUCAUUUGCGUCUACGCUUCCCUUCCCCAAUGAAAGUGCUGAUUUGUUGUACGAGUACUUUCCGUUGGGGCUGGAUGAUUGGCAGGCGCCUGUUGAUGCUGUUUACCGACCGCAUGUAGUGCAUCACACCAAUCUGCCGGAGGUCAAAUUUGUGGCCGCGCGAGGAAGAAGCAAGCGAUAUUUUGCUGCAGAAGACGUCUUCUAG